ACUGAGCGAGGCCAGGGAUCAAACCAUCAUCCUCAUGGAUACUAAUCAGAUUCGUUUCUGCUGUGCCACAACAGGAACUCCCUGCCCAAGUGAUUUAGGUCGGCCCCUCCGGGCUGAGUUCUCCCUUUUCCUCUGGAGGUGAAGUUUCUACUGAUAGAAGGGGAUGCCCUGCCAAGAGUUCUGGGCUGCUGUUCUCUGGGGAGGCCCUUGAGGGAAGCAGCACAGUCUUCAUGGUCUGCAGGCUCCUCCGAGGGUACAGCUUGCUGCCCUGAGUCCCACUUGCCCCAUAGUUAGACUGGAGCAGUGUAGGUCCAGCUGCUUGGGCUCUUCUGGUGGCAGCAUGCAGACAUCAGGACCAAACUCGUUAGCAACUGGGUUAUUCAAGAUAUAUGGAUAAUGGAGAAAAUUACAAUGCAGAUUGGUAAAGUAUGACUGUUGUACUAAGAAAAAUAAUAUGUAUGGGAACAUAUUUGAACACACUGACACACCUACAGCAAUUCAUCCAUGUGCAAAAGGAAUUCUAAAAGAUACUGCAAACAGUUUUUCUGUACCAGGUGUAAUGAUUAGAGGCUUUUCACCUUCUAUGGUUAUAAAGGAGUAUAAUCCAUUAAUAAACAAUAGAAAAUUCAACAUUCUACACAUUUAUUUUUCUUUUCUUUUCUUUUCUUUUUGGCUAAGCCUGUGGCAUGUGGAAUUUCCUGGGCCAGAGACUGAACCUGCCCCCCAGCAGUGACCCCAGUCACAGCAGUGAUAAGUGAUGAUACAGGAGAGGAUGGAACAUCUUAUUACAUGUAUUAAUAAACAAACUUCAACUAACUGGCUUUAUUAGGCAAUUACUAUGGAAGCACCCCAUGUGGCAACUAGAGGAGCACUCUGAUGGACCUGUAUGGGAUCUUUUCUAUUGUUCCUAACUGAUCACACUGAAACUCAUAAAGUGACUCUAAUGCUUCAGGCUACAAUAUUGGAAGAGCAAUAACAUCAAGUUUCCAGAUAUUCAUGGAUUCACUUAUGUCUGAAUGGCUCUAUAGAAUGAUAUGCCACUUACCUCAGUUGUGGACUGAAGAAAAUGCACAACUUAAAAGUUUUGAGGUGUCCUUUAUUCAGGGAGCUUACUCAUGACUAUAGCUCUGGAGACAGCCUCUCAGACAGCUCUAAGGAACUGCUCCAUUAGAGGCUAGGCUUGAAGGAGUCUGAAAUAACGUCUCUUCACACCUUUAACAACGACCAAAGCCCCUCCCGCUGGGUCGGAGCACCGUUUUCUCCGCCUUCCUCGGGGUACCUCUCAGCGAAAGCUUUGGACCGGAUGGAGGCCACGUUCUUGAGGUCUCAAAGCUCUAGGAACUACAUUACCCGGAAGAGCAUAGGCGGAGAGACACCGUGAUGAACCAAUGACGGGUCUGGAACGCGGGCUUUCCCCGGAGGAGCAUGCGUCAGGGGCGGGACUUCCGGCAUCCUCUCCAGCCGUCAUUUUAUUUGGCUGCCACGGAGUAGGGAUCGCUGUUGUGGUAACGUUGACCUCUGUUCUGGAUCGAUGUCCUGAUGAAAGAGUGAGAGAGGAGGAAGAUACUCACAUCUGUCGCCCUCAUUUUAGCGUCACUCCUGUUGUCUCCUGGGGUCGGGAACGGGAAGGUCCGAGAGGAGGCUCUCCCCGCUGCACCCAGGCGUGUCAGCGGUUCUGAGACGCAGCCUGGGAAGAGGACCGCUGCUCCUGGCCCUCUCAGACCACAGACUCCGAUGGCGGUGGUCGCGCUGAGGGACCCGCCUCAGGGUGGUGUGACCUUCGCGGACGUUGCCGUGCGCUUCUCCUGUGGGGAAUGGAGGCUCCUUGAUGAGGCUCAAAGACGCCUGUACCUCGAUGUGAUGCUGGACAACUAUACACUUAUAUCCUCUCUGGGUUGUUGCUGUGGAGCAGGGGCUGUGGAGUCACGCUUAGAAAAAACAGUUCCUGCAGGAGUCUCACAGGCUUGGUCUCCUAAGACAGCUCCAUUUUCCCAGAAGAUCCACCCCUGCAAGAUGUGUGGUCCAGUCUUGAGAGACAUUUUCCACUUGGCUGAGCCACAGGAAACACAACCCAGCCAGAAACUGUUGAGGUGUGGGGCAUGUGAGACACAGUUUUAUAUACUUUUGGAAAGCCGUGUGUACAGGACAUCGUUUUUUAAGAGCUACACAUUCCAUUUAUCACAGAAGCCUCUUUCUUCUGGGAAAAUUCUGGCCCCCAUGGGAUGUCUGCAGCAACAGGCUACUCAUACUGUGGAGACACGAAAUAAAGACACCCAGUGGAGGUCAGCUUUACAAAGCAGAAGUCAUCACUGGGGAGAGUGCAAAAAAGCCCUCAGCCCUGGACAGACACUUGUUCAAGACCAGGGUGUCCCCAGUGGAAGACAGUGUUUUGUUUGCAGUGAAUGUGGGAAAACAUUCAGGUUCAAAUCCACAUUUGUUAUACACCAGAGAGUCCACCUUGGAGAAAGGCUUCAUGUAUUUAGCAAAUGUGAAAAAUCUUUUAGACAAAGCUCAGCCCUCAGUCAACAUGGAAAAAUUUAUACUGGUUCAGUACAGGACAAGUGCAGCAAAUGUGGAAAAUCUUUAACCCACAAAUCUGUUCUAAUUUAUCGCCAGAUAUUGCCCAAUGGAGAAAAUAGUUCUGUGUGCAGUGACUGUGCAAAAUCUUUUCAUCAUAGCUCUGUGUUCAUGCAACAAAAUGGAGUGUUUUCUGGAGAAAAAUUUUAUAAGUGUAGUGACUGCGUGAAAUCUUUUACCUGUAGGUCUGCCCUCAUUUAUCAUCAGAGAACUCACACGGGAGAAAGACCUUAUGAGUGCAGUGAAUGUGGGAAAUGCUUUACCACUAACAACAUCCUCCGUAAUCAUCAGAGAACUCACACAGGACAAAGACCUUAUGGGUGCAGUGAGUGUGGGAAAUCUUUUACCUCUAAUAGUGCUCUCUGUUAUCAUCAGAGAGUUCAUUCUGGAGAACAGCCUUAUGAGUGCAGUGAAUGUGGGAAGUCUUUGAACUCUCUGUCUGCCCUCAAAUAUCAUCAGAGAUCUCACACAGGAGAAAGGCCUUAUAAGUGCAGUGAAUGUGGGAAAUCUUUUACCUGUAGAUCUUCCCUCAAUUAUCAUCAGAGAUCUCACACAGGAGAAAGACCUUAUGAGUGUGGUGAAUGUGGGAAAUCCUUUACCAGUAACCGAGUCCUCCGUUAUCAUCAGAGAACUCAUACAGGAGAAAGGCCUUAUGAGUGCAGUGAAUGUGGAAAGUCUUUUACCUCUAAAAAUGCUAUCCAUUAUCAUCAGAGAGUUCACUCUGGAGAAAAGCCUUAUGAGUGCAGUGAAUGUGGAAAAUCUUUCAAAUCUCAGUCUGCCUUGAGAUAUCAUCAGAAAUCUCACACAGGAGAAAGGCCUUAUAAGUGCAGUGAAUGUGGAAAGUCUUUUAUUACUGCUGCUUUUCUUCGUUAUCAUCAGAGAGUUCAUUCUAGUGAUUGGCCUUAUAAGUGCACUGAAUGUGGGAAAUCUUUUACUUCUAAAUCCAGCUUUGAUUAUCAUCAAGGAGUUCAUUCUAGAGAAAGGCCUCGUAUAGGGUGCAGUGAAUGUGGGAAAUCCUUUACCAGUAGCAACGCCCUCCGUUAUCAUCAGAGAGUUCAUUCUGGAGAAAGGCCUUAUGAGUGUAGUGACUGUAGGAAAUCUUUUACCUAUAGGUCUUCCCUCACUUAUCAUCAGAGAGUUCACACUGGAGAAAAGCCUUUUGAGUGCAGUGAAUGUGGGAAAUCUUUUACCACUAACUCCAGACUCCGUAAGCAUCAGAAAGUUCACAGUGGAGAAAGGCCUUAUAAAUGCAUUGAAUGUGGGAAAUCUUUUGCCAAUAAGUCCAACUUCCAGUAUCAUCAAAAAGUUCACUCUGGAGAAAGGCCUUAUGAGUGUAGUGAAUGUGGGAAAUCCUUUAUCCAAAGAUAUAGCCUUAAUCUACACCAGAGAGUUCACACGGGAAAAAGUCCUCAUAGUUGUAGUGAGUGUGGGAAAUUUUUUAUUACUAAGAGUAAUCUUACUGAACACCAGAGUGUUCACACAGGAGAAAGGCCUUAUAAAUGUGGUGAAUGUGGAAAAUCUUUCAUCUCUCGGCCUGCCCUCAGAUACCAUCAGAGAUCUCACACAGGACAAAGACCUUAUGAGUGCAGUGAAUGUGGGAAAUCAUUUACCACUAAUUUUAACCUCCAUUAUCAUCAGAGAGUUCAUUCUGGGGAAAGGCCUUAUGAGUGCAGUGAAUGUGGAAAAUCUUAUUUUUCUAAGUCUGCAUUCAUUUCUCAUCAGAGAUCUCACAGAGGAGAAAGGCCUUAUGAAUGCAGUGACUGUGGGAAAUCUUUCUACUCUCAGUCUGCCUUCAGAUAUCAUCAGAAAUCUCACAUGGGAGAAAGGCCUUAUAAAUGCAGUGAAUGUGGGAAAUCUUUUAUUUGUAGGUCUUCCCUCAGAUAUCAUCAGAGAUCUCACACAGGCGAAAGGCCUUAUAAGUGCAGUGAAUGUGGAAAAUCGUUUACCUCUAGCUUUAACCUCCAUUACCAUCAAAGCAUUCACACUGGAGAAAGGCCGUAUGAGUGCAGUGAAUGUGGGAAAUCUUUUAUUACUGCUGCUGUUCUUCGUUAUCAUCAGAGAGUUCAUUCUAGUGAUUGGCCUUAUAAGUGCACUGAAUGUGGGAAAUCUUUUACUUCUAAAUCCAGCUUUGAUUAUCAUCAAGGAGUUCAUUCUAGAGAAAGGCCUCGUAUAGGGUGCAGUGAAUGUGGGAAAUCCUUUACCAGUAGCAACGCCCUCCGUUAUCAUCAGAGAGUUCAUUCUGGAGAAAGGCCUUAUGAGUGUAGUGACUGUAGGAAAUCUUUUACCUAUAGGUCUUCCCUCACUUAUCAUCAGAGAGUUCACACUGGAGAAAAGCCUUUUGAGUGCAGUGAAUGUGGGAAAUCUUUUACCACUAACUCCAGACUCCGUAAGCAUCAGAAAGUUCACAGUGGAGAAAGGCCUUAUAAAUGCAUUGAAUGUGGGAAAUCUUUUGCCAAUAAGUCCAACUUCCAGUAUCAUCAAAAAGUUCACUCUGGAGAAAGGCCUUAUGAGUGUAGUGAAUGUGGGAAAUCCUUUAUCCAAAGAUACAAUCUCAAUCUACACCAGAGAGUUCAUACAGGAAUAAGUCCUUAUAGUUGUAGUGAGUGUGGGAAGUCUUUUAUUACUAAGAGCAGUCUUAGUGAACACCAGAGUGUUCACACAGGAGAAAGACCUUAUAAAUGCAGUGAAUGUGGGAAAUCCUUUGCCAGUAGCUCCAGCUUCCGUUAUCAUCAAAGAGUUCAUACUGGAGAAAAGCCGUUCAAAUGUACCAAGUGUGGGAAAUCUUUUACCACUAAUUACCUCCUGCGUAUUCAUCUGAGAUCUCACACUGGAGAAAAGCCUUAUGAGUGCAGCGAAUGUGGGAGAUCCUUUGCCAGUAGCUCCAGCUUCCGUUAUCAUCAAAGAGUUCAUACUGGAGAAAAGCCGUUCAAAUGUACCAAGUGUGGGAAAUCUUUUACCACUAAUUACCUCCUGCGUAUUCAUCUGAGAUCUCACACUGGAGAAAAGCCUUAUGAGUGCAGAGAAUGUGGGAAAUCCUUUGCCAGUAACUCCAGCUUCCGUUAUCAUCAAAGAGUUCAUACUGGAGAAAAGCCGUUCAAAUGUACCAAGUGUGGGAAAUCUUUUACCACUAAUUACCUCCUGCGUAUUCAUCUGAGAUCUCACACUGGAGAAAAACCUUAUGAGUGCAGUGAAUGUGGGAAAUCCUUUACCAGUAGAUCCAGUCUCUGUUAUCAUCAGAGAGCUCACAUUGGAGAAAGGCCUUAUAUAUGUAGUGAAUGUGGGAAAGCUUUUACUCGUAGCUUCAGUCUCCAUUAUCAUAAGAGUGUUCACACUGGAGAAAGGCCUUUUAAGUGCAGUGAAUGUGGGAAAUCUUUUAUUAACAUCUCCAAAUUGCAUUGUCAUCGGAGAGGUCAUACUGGAGAAAAGUCUUAAGAGUGCACUAGUGGGAAAUCUUUUAUGGGUAAAUCUUUCUGAAUGUUGGAGAGUUUAAACUGGGGAAAGAUUUACAGAGAAUGUGCAAUUUCCUUGUUCAGUAUACAAAUGCUGGAGGGAACUGGGAGGACAUCUGUCUCAAUUGAGUCUCAAUCCAAGUGUGUCUGAAAUCAGCAUGAUUUUUUCUCCUUACUCAGAUCAGAAAUUAGAGUUUUCAGGCGCUGUUGAAGGGCAUACAUCCUCCAGGUCUACAAAAAGGCAUUUCCUGACCUCCAGAGUUCUUCAAAACAAUGUCACUUGUUGUAAGACCAUUGUGUCCAGGGGAAACUAUAAUUGAUAUAGAAACUCUGUUUUAAUAAGGAGUGGAGGAAACUGCAGUUAGAUGGAACCCAUUCUAAAGGUGCAUCUAGAUGUUUCUAUGACGUUGUCUGUGGGAUCAGCUUAUACACAAAUAUCUAAACCUCCAGAUACAAUAUUAACUUUUAGCUGGAGUCAUUGUCAGACAAAAUAUUUGGAAAGGUUUUCUUUUGGAUUCCUGUCACACCCAGUAAAUUUUACCUCAAGGCCCUUACUUCAGAGGCAGGAAAGAAAGAAGAAAGGGGAUGUGGCUCUUGUGAUCCAGACAGCAUUCCUGUUGACUCAGGUAAAAAUGUACUUCAUUGCUUCCCAUAUUUGCUGCCACUGAGGAAGGACUGAUUCUGACAGGGCAUGAGGAGAGAGUUGACAGAUUCAAUAUAGGGUUGGUUGCCAGAACUAUUUUCCAAAAGGAGUAGGACUUACAGAUUUUUUUUUCCAUCUUCAGCCAAUUUUUAAAGCUUUACUAAAGCAUAAUUUACAUAUACAAAACUGCAUAUGUUUGAAGUAUAUGAGCUAAUAAAUUUUCACCCAGCUAUGAACCUCUGAAACCAUCACCAUAGAACUAAUAAUGCUCCAUCUGUUAUGGCAUAUUUACCUCAUGUCCUGCUAUAAUCUCUCCUUACAACCCCUGCCUCUCCAAGUAACCACUGAUUUACUCUUCCCUUAGAAUUAGAUACUUUUGCAUUUUCUUGAAUGUAUCUAAUUGGAAUCCUAAACUGUUUACUGGGUUUAUUUCCUUCUGAUUUUCUUGGUUUCAUAACUAUUUGCAAUUCUUCAUGAGCUAUAAGUAGCUCAUCUUGUUAUAUUUUGAUGAGUAGUGUUCUUAUCAUUGGUUGUACCAUUGUUUAUUCCUCUUUUUCUGGGUAUUUAGGUUAUUUCUAGGUUUUCACAAUUGAAAAUAAAGCUGCUACAGACAUUU